AUGUUCGCUAAUGUAAAAGUGAUGAUUUCGUUCCACGAGGAAUUUAUCACGAAAGUGGAUAGGGGUUAUGAAAUUAGCUGUUUUUACAUGGAAGCAGAUAAAACAGUAACAUAUCCAUUGACAGUAUCAAUGAAAUCACUAGAACCGUUCACAGAGCUGGCCGAAAUGCCACGAUGUCGUUACGAAGUAGUGGAUCCAAUUUCUAUGGAACCGUUAUCGGUGGUUUCUGUUGGUAGCAAAUUGCUUCAUAAAUGGAAAUGUGAUACCACUUCUACAAAUCUGUGGUGUAUGACGGUUCAUUCAUGCUUUGUCGAAGAUGGAUCGGGCACACAAUUUGUUAUACUUAACGAAGAUGGAUGUGCAAUCGAUCGGUACCUGUUGGACAACCUAGAAUACGGUCCUAAUGAAUUAGAAGCACAAAAGGAAGCACAUGCUUUCAAAUUUGCGGACAAAGUAGUAGUGAACUUCCAAUGCUCAGUCAGGUUGGAUAUCCGAGAUGGCGAGUGCCCAAAGCCACAAUGCCGAGAUUUGAGCAAUCAAAAGAAGGCAGUAAGACGACGAGCAUUACCGGAUUUACCUCUAAUAUUGAACUUGACUGACCACAUGGCUGAAGUAGACGUCCGUUCCCAACAGCUCGAUGUAUUGGAUACUCAACUAGAUUUCGGCGUUCCACCAAAUAAUCCUCGGGUAGCCGCACAGAUUCGUCGAUUGCAAAGGCCGGAAGGUGACUGCAUCAGUGCGACAUCAGCAGUCGUUGGCGCUUCACUCUCUGUUAUGGUGAUGCUUGUAUUAGUCGUUCAUAUCGUGUACCUUUACAGAACGACACAACUUAAACGAUAG